CAUGCCGACUGAUCACGGCAGCAGCAGCGACGGCGGCCACCAGGCGCAAUGUCGGCGCAGGGGCGCCAGCGUCGACGUCGAGCUCCGCGCCGCCAUGGCGCUGGCCGACAUGGCGGGGGCCGGAGCGGCCGCCGACCGCCCGCUCCCGGCGCACCACGCCGCCGCCGCCCCAGAAGCCCAGGCGGCGAUGGAGGCAGAGGAUGAGGAGCUGGCGAGCACGAGGCUGAGCCUUGAGCUGGGCAACGUCGGCAUCCAGUCCUCCCCAUGCUCCAGCAGCUCCAGCGGCGCCGGGCAGCAACCGCCGCAGUCGUCCGCCGCCGUGACGGGAUACGGCCUCAGCAGACCGCGGCACACGCUCACCGAGGCGGAGAAAGAGGCGAAGCGGCUGCGGCGCGUGCUAGCCAACCGGGAGUCCGCCCGGCAAACCAUCCUCCGCCGCCAGGCGAUCCGAGACGAACUGGCGAGAAAAGUCGCGGAUUUAGCGUCGCAGAACGAGAACAUGAAGAAGGAGAAGGACAUGGUGCUGGAACAGUACCUGACGCUCAAGGAGACCAACAAGCAGCUGAAACAACAGGCACAUCAUCUAUCGCUUUCGCUUUCCUUCCUUUAAUAUCCUUUUCCCCGUCCAUUAUUAGUACUGCUCCUACUACCAUUGUUAGGCCAAAGGAAAGAAAAGAAAUCCCACAAGGGAACCUAUUAUGUUCCAAUCCAGCUCCAGUUGUUCCCCCGCGAGAGGACUACAGUACCAGUCAUCGCUGCAGUACGCCUUAGUAUGCUCGUUACUAAUUAUGGUCAAACCAGGAGCCUGUCAGUCGCUGAUGUCUGUACAUUAUUUACAUUUUGCUCUGACAGUGAUGUUCGGACAAUAAUAUACUACUUAUGUGCCCCUCAUUGCUUC